CCAAAAUAGAAACGACUGUCUUCCUUCACCCAAGGUUGGCCUUGAGGAAGACUCUAGCUAUGCUACCCGGCUCUGAACGAAGACAAAGCGGUUGGUCUACCUGUUUGAUUGGCAAACUUGCCAUAUGGAUCACGAACCAUUCAAGUCAUGCGUAUCAAGAAGCAGCACUGACCCUGGAACGGUGAACUGGACCCUGGAUAUCUGACAAGUCUUCUUUCUCGUAUUGCAUUGGUCUGCCUAAUAGAAAUCGCUUGUGCCGAAUAGUGCUUGAAAAUAUCUUCCAUGACACAAAUCCAAGCGGGACAGACAUCCACUGACGGUAAAAAUCACUAUAAAGACUGACGAUCUUGUACCCAUAGGUUCCUCAUCUUGACGUUCACAAUAUGGAUCCGACAACCCCUAUUAUGCUUCCCACCGUCGCCCACAACACCGCUCCUGACUCCGAGCCCUCACAAUUCAUUUUACCUGACCUCAUCAAUGAUUGUCACUAUCCCUUGCGAAAGAACCCUCACUGUUAUGCGGUGUCCUGCGCAUCUGAUCAAUGGCUUAUUGACGUGGCGCGACUCGCAGAACAUGAGCUCAGAGGGUAUAUCGAAAUGGACGCGGGCAGAUUCGCUGCCUUUCUCUAUCCUGAUGCAGAUGCCUUCCAUCUCCAAGUCUGCUGUGACUUCAUCAACUGGAUAUUCAUUAUAGACGACUGGAUGGAGGGACGGUGUCGUCGAUCCACGGGAAGCACGCGAAUCCUGUACUUUCUGCGUUACGCGAUCCCAUCAAUUUUGAUACUGGAACAGCUUGGUGCAAAGAUGUGUAAAUCGUUUUUCAGCCGUUUUAGGGAGACUGCUAGCCUUGGCUGCACAGAGUGGUUUAUUCAUGGAAGCGAAUUGUUCUUCGCAGGUGCAGCUAAGCAGGCGGGCGACCUGUGCCAAGGGACAGAUUCAGGGAUAAAGCCCUGCUUUGCCCUCAUCGAAUUCGUAGCUGGAAUUGAUCUUCCUGAUGAAGUUAUGUCGCAUCCAGUUGUUAAGGCCUUGGAGGACGCAACCAACGAUCAUGUUGCUUGCAAUGAUGAUAUUUUAUCAUACAACAAGGAGCAAUCUCGCGGUGACGAACACUGGGAAAACAUAGUUGCUGUGCUCAUGCAUGAUCGAGGACUAGACCUGCACAGCGCCAUGGACCACGCUGGUCAGAUGUGCAAAGAUGCCAUCCAGCACUUCGAAUUCAACUGUACCAUCCUCCCUUCGUGGGGAGAAGAUGUUGACAGGCAGGUGGCUAUCUACAUCGAAGGGCUGCAGAACUGGAUGAUUGGCUCACUUCACUGGCAUUUUGUUUCCGCCCGCUAUUUUGGCAAGGAUAGACAUGCUGUCAAGUUGGACCGAAUCGUCAAGCUGCUCCCCAAAAAGCACUUGUAGAGCCUAACACCUAGUGCAUGGCUUCUGGAGUGGAACGUUAGUACAUGAUUUACGUCUCAUAUGGACUUCACAAGUUUUGCUUUGGUUGCAUAAUACGUGACAUCCCGCCUUCCUUGCUUUGUCCUUCUUGAUUUCAAUACCUCGUCCAGCUUCUUGCGUGUGACACUUUCCGCCCGUCUUUUGUAUCACCACCGUAUGUCCAUAGAAGAGUCUCGUCUCCUUGUAUGAAUCAAAGCUGUGCCAC